AUGUUUUUUGUUAGUGAAUUCCCUGAAUUUGGCUCCAUGAGGUUUCCUCAGACUAUCCCGCUCAGUAGGCCAGCUCCUUAUGAUGGAAGUAACCAUAGUGUCGAAGGCUUCCUUCUUCAAAACCAGCUCUACCUGCAGAACCUUCUAGAUCUGAAACACAAAAGAGAACAAGCAGGAGGAGUCCAUCUGCAGUCUCAACAAUCUUGUUCAGGUGAGAGUAGCUGCUACACACCAAGCGGAACUGCAGGAAUGUACGGCUUUAUUAAUACGUGCUUGAGGACUCUAGUGGUUGAGAAGUUUGGAGAAGAGACAUGGGAAAAACUAAGGUUAUCAGCAGAAGUUCAAGACACCUUUAUGACAUAUGAAAUUUACGAUGAUCUCAUCACGAGUCGUUUAGUGGAGCAGGCAUGCAAAAUGCUGGAUGUCUCUUCUGAGGUGGUGUUGAAGCUCUUUGGAGAAUACUUCUUUAGCUUCUGUAAAAUGUCUGGCUAUGACACCAUGCUGCGCACUCUUGGUGGUAAUUUGGUGGAAUUCAUUGAAAACCUUGAUGCUCUCCAUAGUUACCUUGCAUUAUCUUAUAAGGAGAUGAAUGCUCCAUCUUUCCGUGUGGAGCGAACAAAAGAUGGCAGAACUCUGCUCCACUAUUACUCAGACAGGAAAGGACUCCACCACAUUGUACCUGGCAUAAUUGAAGCAGUGGCAAAGGACUUUUUCGGCAGCAAAGUGACUAUGAGCAUCUUUGAGCAGCCGGAGGAAGAAGAGCGAACAGGAAAGAAGGAACAUGUAAUUUUCCUCAUGACACAGAUAAGUGAAGGGGUGAGGAUUGAAACUCAAGUAAAUGAAGGAAACAGGAAAGAUGAAAGUCAGGUUGAAGACAUGGCUGUGUCAGGCACCAUCCUACACUCAUUCUGCCCCAGCUACCCAAAAAGAUUGUGGAUUGAUGAACAAGCUUUCUGCAAUGCCUUUCCAUUUCAUAUUGUCUUCGACCAACACCUGAUUGUAAAACAAACUGGUGUAAACAUCCAGAAGUUUGUACCAGGGCUGCAGAAGAAAGGUAUCCACCUGGAUGAAUACUUCAGCGUGGUCCACCCUGAAGUAACAUUUAACAUCCGCAGCAUCAAGAAGUUUAUCAACAGCCAAUUUGUCCUGAAGACCAAAAGAGAGAUGCUUCCUGAAUGCUUUCAAAGCCAGUCCAUGCUUAAACUACGAGGUCAGAUGGUAUGGAUGGAAUCUCUACAGUGCAUGGUGUAUCUCUGUUCUCCUAAACUGCGCAGUCUGCAGGAGUUGGAGGAGCGUGGCUUGCACCUGGCUGACAUUGCUCAGCAUGACACAACACGCGACCUCAUCCUGCUCAAUCAGCAGCGACUAGCUGAGAUUGAGCUUUCCAACCAGCUGGAGCGCAAGAAAGAGGAACUGCGUAUCCUCUCAAGACACCUAGAAAUUGAGAAGAAAAAGACAGAGACACUACUGUAUGCCAUGUUGCCACAUCAUGUUGCCAACCAGCUUAAAGAGGGCAAGAAAGUGGAGGCAGGUGAGUUCAAGGUCUGCACUAUUCUCUUCAGUGAUGUCGUCACCUUCACAAAUAUCUGUGCAGCCUGUGAACCCAUCCAGAUAGUGAACAUGCUUAACGCCAUGUACUCAAAGUUUGACCACCUCACAAAUGUCCAUGAUGUUUACAAGGUGGAAACGAUUGGUGAUGCAUAUAUGGUCGUUGGUGGUGUGCCCAUUCCCAAGGAGACCCAUGCUGAGCGUGUGGCAAACUUUGCCUUGGGAAUGAGAAUUGCAGCCAGGGAGGUGAACAGUCCUAUCACAGGGCAGCCAAUACAGAUAAGAGUGGGUCUACACACAGGACCUGUGCUGGCUGGUGUAGUAGGUGAGAAAAUGCCUCGUUACUGUCUGUUUGGAGACACAGUUAACACAGCUUCACGUAUGGAGAGUCAUGGAGUUCCUGACCACAUACACCUGAGCCCUUCUACAUUCAGUGUUCUUAGGGCUAAACAGUUUGAGAUCCGUGAAAGGGGCGAAAUACAGGUGAAGGGAAAAGGCCUAAUGACCACCUACUUCCUACUUCAAAACCUUGAGCUCUCUGAAGACCAGAUCAUGGGCAACCAGGACAAGACUACCUGUCUUUACAGAGAUGACCAGCAGGAGGUGGCACAAACUGGAAAUGGUAGGGAACUCUAUAAAGAAGUUGAAGAAAAAAGGCGAUCAUCUGCUAAAGAACGAAGUAGCAGUUCCUCACCCCUUCCUUUAGCUGAAGACCCUUCACCUCUGCCUUCACACAAUCCUUCACCCUGCCCUCCUAAUGCUGAUGUUGCCUCUAGACCUCAUGAUGUACUUUAUUAUGUGCCAGAUUACUCAGCACCCAUGGAGAAUGGCAUUUCUUCUGUAAACAUGAACACCCGUCUCUGCACUCUGCUUUAA